CUUUAUAGCACUUACGACGACUGAGCUUCAGGCUAUAUAGACAUGAACAUCUAAUGCUUUCUCCCGGCCGUGCCAUCUCCGAUCAAUCCUUCCAACCACGCAAAAAAAUUAUUCUUCCUUCAUUAUUAUUAAUCUCCAAUUAUCUUUUGAUCCCUUUAGUCACUAUAUAUAUAGAGAGAGAGAUAAUAGUAAAAAAAAAUGAGGAGUUUUGCUUUUUCUUGCAUAGUUCUUGCAAUCCUUCCAUCGCUGAGCACAAGUUAUGCAUUGCCACCCCUAAACUUAAAGAAAAGCAACCAUAUUUUCAUGGUAAGGGAGAAAGUUAAUGACCUGAUAGAGAAUACCUGCAGGAACACCCCUGACUAUCAACUUUGCUUCUCAACUCUACUGUCCGAUCCUCGAAGCUUCGACGCAGAUACUUAUGGUCUGGGCCUCAUCAUAGUUGACGCACUCAAAGAUAAGGCAACCUCCGCGGUGAAUGCCAUCAACAGGCUUAAAGGCUCUAAUCCAGAAUUCAUCCGUCCCUUGAUCAAGUGCAGCAUCUCAUACAAUGCAAUCCUAAAAGCGGAUAUUCCUGAAGCAAUUGAAGGUUUGAGGAAAGGGGUUCCCAAAUUCGCCGAAUAUGGCAUGGCUGACACUGCUGUAGAAGUUCGAGGAUGCGAGAAUAGUUUCAAGCAGUCCAACUCACCGCUCACUGACCUGAACAAACAAGUCUACGAUCUUUCCAUUGUAGCUAAAUCAAUAAUCAGGAUGCUGCUGUGAGGUCCGUCUCUGUUGUUUGUUCUUGAUAUUUAAUCCCCCAAGUUUUACGACAUACAUAUUCAAAGUUCUGCUGCCUAGGUGACAUUGAAACGGGAAGUUACCGCGUUACUGUAACAUAGUUGAUAGCACAAAAAAA